GGCGAGUGUGUUGCAACUUGUCGUGUGCGGUCUUUAAGGAACAACAUGUCGUUGAUGCCGCUGGGCGCAACGGGAGGAAAAGAUCUGCCACGUUUGUUUUUCGUUUCCUUUUUGCGUUUCGUUUUUGCGCUUCUCUUUUUUCGUUUCGUUUUUUCGUUUGUCGCUCGUUUUGCGCAAUCACUUUCGCGCCGGUUUGGGUUCUUGUUUUCGCACAAGUUUUUCUCUAACCAGCUGCAAGGCCAAGCUCUCUCUCUUUGAUUCAACAGUCCCCC